CCUGAUACAAAUAGUGCACUCCAACACAGAUAUUUACAUUUACUUUGGACUAACGUAAAUUUUAGUGUUUUACAAGCAAUGUUGCUUCUUAACAUGAGAGUUCUGUCGUUUAUUCCUACAGGGCUGCUUUGUUUAUUCAUUUUCACCGUGACGGAUGUCGAGGGAUUCGCCUCAUGGUGUGAGAUUAAUCAGACAAUCUUUGUACCAGAGGAAUCAACUGCGAUGUUUCAGUCUAAUUUUACAAACUCCUAUUAUUAUUUCCAGUUUUACAAAUAUGACUUUGGUAGAUCCCAAAGUAUAUUUUAUCUUUACAUUCAUAAUGAUAAUAUAACAGAUGAUGACAUAAGAUAUUAUGAUCGUUCAUGGGAAAACAGAACUCACUUCAAUGGUCAUCGAAACACUAGUAGCAAUACAUGGGAUAUUAGAAUAGAGAUAACCAAUAUCAGUAUGAAGGAUAACGGAACGUACCGACUACACUCUUCUGAAGACCUUUGCUUGAUCCUGUUUGUAAUGCAAAUUCGACCAGAGCCGAAGGAAGCUGUAGAAGAAAAUAAACCAGUCUAUUUGUAUGCGCAUCCACAUUACUCAGUUAUAACUCGUCCUCUAACAAAUGCAUCAAUGGUCUGGCUAUUGGACGGGCAAUCUGUCAACAAAACAGCAAGUUUUAUCCAACAGGAUGGUUUGAUUUGGAUACCACAUAUAACAAGAGAUCUCGAUGGCAGGAAUGUGUCAUACCGGGCCAUACAGGAUAACGGGAAUGUCACCGAAGUCAAUUAUACUGUGAAUGUCAAAUAUGGACCAAACCAACCUCUCACUUUAGUACCAAGGCAGACACAAUAUUAUCUUGUGAGUGGAGAUGUUAUACCGGACAUUACUUGUGUAACGGAAUGUAAACCACGUUGCUCUAUUUCAUGGGGAAAAUAUAGCAGCAGUGGAACACUUAGGCUAGGAACAGUCACACCUAAAGAUACCGGGGAAUACACGUGUACUGCAACAAGGGCUGGCGUUAAAACCGUGGAGCGGACCAUUCACAUUUAUGUCUCCGAUGAAAAAGUUUGGUUGAUGCAAUUAUCACCGAACAAAAUUGUGUACAUCGUUUCUGUAGGGGACAUAAUGCCGGAAAUCAUGUGCACUGCUGACUGUAAUCCGCCUUGUGACGUGUCUUGGGGUGUUCAUAGUUCAAAUGGACAGCUUUCGUUAGGGACUGUUGCUAUGGGAAUGGAUGCAGAAUAUAUUUGCACAGCAACUAGAAAAGGCUCAAGUAGAAGAGUUGAAAAGAGCAUCACUGUUCAUGUUCAAGAUAACACAUCUUUUACAACAGCUGUUGCAUGCUUAGCCACUGUCCAAGCAUUGACGACGUUAGGACUCGGUCUGUGUGCAUUUCUUAUUUAUAGAAGAAACAAAACAGUCGCCAUGUAAAACAUGCUUCAAAACCAGUGCAAGCCAGUCAUCCAACAGAAAUACGUGUUUUGGUUCAAAAUCGACAGUGGAAGAUAGUGGACUACAGCAUUACGAAGAGUUAGAUACUGAUACCCGGUAUAUAACAACGGUCUCUCGUGAGGUCAAUGUGCCCAUGACAGCGCUUCCAACCGAAGCCGGUUUAGAGAUAUACGAAAAUACCAAAGUAUCACCUACUUCUAACCAAGGAGUCACACUGACGCACAAGUAGGACGCUGAAAUCUCUCGCCAUUUAAUUGGAAUGCAAUAGUGAAGUAAACAUCGAAAUGUACUUGAACAAAAAUUAGGCGGUGGACUUGAAGAGCACAAUGGUUAUCUCUUUGCUGUUGAAUUUAAGCAAAUGUUAGCAAAACCUGAAACCUUUAGAUUGAAUAAGUGUAUGUGAACAUAGAUUUACUCAUGCAUAUAUGCAGUUGUAUCGGCCACUGGAACAUGCACCGACUGGCAAUUUAACAGACACAUCACCUUCCACUGUCUUCCGACUUAGCUAAUUAAGCUUCUUUAGCUACUCUGUAAAUAAAUACAAUAAAUGUCAUCACAUUUAAUACUAUUAAUGGGACAUGCCUGCAGAGUUAUAUCAAACUCAUCAAAAUUGAAUAUAGAAAUUCUCUAUAAGUUUAUAUCCCACCCCGACAAAAAUGUUGCCUUGAUAUUAUGCAGAAACUGUCCUUAAUGCGUCAUUCACGUGUUAAAGUAAAAAUGCUUAAUCCAAAUAUAUCAACUCAAAUAAUUGAUUUAAGCUAUGUGAUGCUAUCUGUCUUAUUGGUAGGUUAUAUGUCCUCAUAUAUGAUGUGCCUGUACUUCAUAUUGUAUCUAUUGCAGUGAUGAAUUCAUCUCUGAUAUGUUUUAAAUCGCCUCACUUCCUUCAAUGUGAUUUGCACGGGGUUGUUUUUUUUUGUCAGAUGAACUAACCUGCAUAAGAUGUUAAAUAUGAAAUAAUGUUUCUAACAGAUAUGAAUACAAAUUUUUCACAGAGCAUUGAUUUAUUUCAAGUAUGCAUAUACUUUUACAUGAAACGUUUCAUUAAAAGAGUAUUCAAACAUACUGCAAAUAUUCGUAACAUGCUUAUGUUAAAACGUAACUUUUGAUAUGACAAGUCAUUCUCUUUUAUACAUUAA